AUGCCCACGACGUACGAGCAGCGUAUGCUGGCGUUCCUGGAAACGCAUGCCGUGCACAUUCGCACGCCUCUUGACGUGAUUGCUUUGCUGGUGCAUGUAUCAGCUGCCGCGCAUGGUUUGUGCGACAUACGUGCCCCUCUUUCCACACCGUGGCACUCAAGUGCACAGUACCAUGCGCGCACGUACCACACGCGAGAGCGUACCUAUGACGUUGUGGUCGUCCAAGCAGGCCGAUGUGCGGUGCUUCUUGUCACGACCUCGUCCUCGUCGCAAGUAUGGAAGAGUGAAUGUAUCUUAGAGGACGUGGUGCAGAGUGCCUCCCUGCCAUGGGAUGCCACUGUAACAGUGGCGGCCAUGCAGGCAUGGUGGCAAAACGAAGCGAUCGUGUCGCAGCUAUGUGAACAGUGGGAUCGCGAUGUGUGGCAUCCUGCAAUGCAUGACGAAGAGCGAGCGGCACCUUCCUCUGCCCCUGCUACGUCGAAGGCUGCUGUCCAAGGUCGUUCGGACGAGGCAAAGGCAGUGCCGUUCCUUGCCGCCACACGAGGGAUGCCUACCGACCCACGGCGCCUGGGCGACGCGGACCGUGAUCCGCUCGCGGCGAGUCCCUACCCUUUCCCCGGCACGGGAUCGUUCCAGCCACCGCCCCUUUUCCCCUCGUCGAACGAUGGCAUGAUGAUGGGGCCGAACCACCCCAUCUUUGCACGGCGUGCGCCGCCGCCGCAUGGCGCGCCGCCGAUGGGCCCAGACGGCCUUCUGCCGCCUGGUGCUGUGCCGCCUGGUGCCCGCUUUGACCCGAUGAUGCCAUGGGAUCCCUCGUCCUCUCGUGCGUCGCAUCCCAGUGGCGAUCCUGAUUGGGACGACCUGCCACCGCCGUCUAGUAUGUUUUCAUAA